UAACAAAGAAGUUUCGUGUUCGGCAAAUACUUGAAAAUGGUGUCAGGUAUCCCGGAUUUAUCAAUAUCAGAAUAUCAGUUUAUAAAGACGAUUGGCAAAGGAUCGUACGGAGAAGUUUGGCUAUGCAAACAUAAGAUCGAUUCAAAGAAGGUAACAUGUUUCUUGUCAAUAAAUAUAGUGAAUAAAAGUACGUCAUUAAAAAAAUCGAUGUGACAAAAUCUUCUGAUAAAGAAAGAAAAGCAGCUAAAUUAGAAUGCCGGCUGCUUUCUGAGUUUAGACACCCAAAUAUUGUUCAAUAUAAGACCUCUUUUGAAUAUCGCGGAUUUCUGUAUAUUGCAAUGGGUUUUUGUGAAGGAGGUGAUCUUUACACAAGACUUAGAAUGAGAAAUGGGAUUCUUUUAUCUGAACGUGUUCUUGUUGAGUGGUUUGUCCAGCUCGCUAUUGCCUUACAGUAUAUGCAUGAGAGAAAUGUAUUACAUCGGGAUCUUAAAACUCGAAACAUAUUUCUCACACGGUCGAAUAUUGUCAAACUUGGAGACCUUGGGAUAGCUAGAGUGUUAGAGUCUUCUAAUUCAAUGGCUACAACCUUAAUUGGGACCCCCUACUAUAUGUCACCUGAGCUAUUUGCCAAUAAACCUUAUAAUCAUAAAGUAAGUUCAUGGAAAAUUUUGAACGUCAGUCGGAUAUAUGGGCCCUAGGUUGCGUAUUGUAUGAGAUGUCUACUCUUCGGCAUGCCUUUAAUGCUAAAUCAUUCAACGCACUAUCAUAUAAAAUUUUAAGCGGAAAGGUUAGCUCAAAUACAAGACUUUAUCAUCUUCUAUAGGUUCCAGAUAUGCCUACUCAAUAUAGUCCCGAACUUCUUGAACUUAUGCGUGCAAUGUUGCACUUGAAACCAGAGAAACGUCCAUCAGCGAGACGCGUUUUAUCUAAUUCAUUCAUAAGGAAACAUAUUGUUUUAUUUCUGGAAGCAACUAAAAAUCGGUAAGUUUACUGAUUUCAAAUAAAAAAGAGCAAUUAAAACACACAUUUAACAUUAUUGUUAAUCACUACACUUAUUCGUAAAUUCAAAAUGGAGGAGUAGUUAGUUAAAACUAUCAGUUGUCAGAUUGGUCCUAGAAAGAUAUGUGAAAAUGUUUAUGAAGAAAACUAGAACUUAAGAAUGUUCAUUUUACGUUUAGUUUAAAUGGACAGCUAGAGUUCUAGCAAAUAUUUGCCUUUAAUCUUACGAGCAAAUUUUAUAUUCUGUCUUUUGUCCAGAUUGGUAAAACCUAGACUACUCAGCAUUUUUAAAGUGUCUUACAUAUAAUAACUGCUAUAAGUAAAUUCAUUUGAAACUGUUACCGUUCGGGCACAUUGGAAGUAGAAGCUAACUUUGCCGAUAUAAUGCCAUGGAGAAAGCUGCAUAAUAAUAUUAAUAACUGGUAAACUGACACAAGUAGAAAGUUAUGUUAAUCUCAAAGUAGUUGGAAUUUACAUAAAGGACUCAAAUUUAAACAGAUGUUUUAAAUGCGGAAAAUUUAUCCUGCUGAUUUCAGGCUCAGUCAUGGCAGUUAGAAACAGGUGACAAAGUGAAUUUUAUUGUUUGCAAUAAUUUGUGUUUUCUGAUCGUUAGUAUUCACUGAUAAAUUUGACCAACCUAUGGCGUUUUGCAGGAUGUAUAAUUAGAUGCUUCGAUAUGCUGCCAAGAGUUACAGCUUUAUUAUAUUUUUAAAGCCAAAACACGAACCUUUUGUCAUGAUCGAUAGUUUAUUUUUUGUUUAAACGAUGUCUAAUAUCCCUAUUGCAUCAGUCACACGAACGAACUUAGCACUUUACACACUUUAAAUAACGAAGUAGUUGAAUUUCGAUAAGAUGGUUAUCUUAUAUUUAAAUAAUUGUACACUUGUUUGAAGUGAUUUAUUUCAAGCUGCCCGUGAUUACUGAGCAGCAAAUAACCCAUGUAAGUAAUAUGCCAGCAAAUUUGGUACUUUUUUGAAGUCUAAUAAUAAUAUGUUUACAGAGUUUACUGUAUGUUGGUAUGAACAAAACAUAGAAACUAGUUUUCAACAACAAUUUAAAUGAGUAUAUUACUUUAUCCAAGCCCAAAUCACUCCCGAAACCAUUCAACCACUGAAGAUGAAGUACACAACACCAAUCAACAUUCAGAAUGCGAAACUGGUGUGCCUUCAAUAACUAAUCAAUCAUCCAAGGAAAUAAAAAUGAGCAAUGAGAAAAGAACAAAUCAAAUGGAACAGCAACCAAUUAUCAUACAUAACGAACAAAACUGUGAAAAAAAUUCACAGUCACUAUUAAAACAAACCUUGUCUGUUGACCGAAAUGAUAAAGUUUUUGCAAAUUCAUCAAUGGAUGAAUCAAAAGUUGAUUUUUCAAUCAACAAUGUACCAAAAGAGUUAAAUCAAAGUAUUAAGAUAUCUUUAAAUACAUAUAGACAACAUGAAAAACAGAUUAAUGAGAGUAUUGUCAAUUGUAUUGAUGAACUUAAAGAUGAUUCACUUCAUAGACAUUUAUCAGAUGCUCGAUUACGUCGUCGUCAACGUCGUCGAAUGUCUGAAGUUGACGGAGAACAGCAUCAUAAUCAUCAACAAUUUAAACAUGAAUAUCAAAAAGAAUCAAUUAAAACAAUCAAGUCUCCAAGAUCAAUUCAUGAAAAACAUGAUAGUAACAAUUCAAAUUUAAAAUUACACAAAAUUUCAAAAUUUCAUUUUCAUUCAUUUUCUAUAUUACCAGUAUCUAUGUUACCUAAAUUACAUCAAAAUAUUCAUCAAAUAGAAAGUAGUAAUUCAAUCACUGAUUUAAUAACAAAACAUAAUUCAUUAAAUAAUGAUUAUUCAAAGGUGAUAGAGAAUCAAAACAAUGAACAAUCAUUAACAAAUCAAAUUAUUCAUUGUAGUAGUAGUAGUAGUAGUGGUAGUAGUAUGAGUUCAACUCCUCUCAUAACAAUUUGCUCAUCACCAGGUAGUGAUCAAAUGAAUAAGAACUUUCUAGAAUGUAAAUCGAAUUCUAUAUCACAAAUGAAUCAACCUAAUUGUGAUGAAAUUAAAAGCGCCAAUCCUUUGAAUAAUAUUUCAUCAAGUGAUCAAUUUAAAGAUAUUUUCAGAAAAAAAAAUUUGUAUAAUAAUAUACCGGCAUAUUCUACAGAAGAAGAUAAUAGAGAAAAUGAUAUUCAUAAUCCAUUGGUACAUCACAAUGAUGAUAAAGAAAUUGAAGCUGUUGUAAAUUGUUUAGCGGAUACUUUAAAAGAUGGUUGUCAUCCUGGUGCACCUGAAAUAAUUCCACGUUGUAAAAAUGAUAACAAAAUACCAACUGUAUUUGUUAAUUCAAACAAUUGUGUAAGUAAAAAUCAAAAGUUAUUAUUCAAGCCUAAUUUAGAGGAUAAUGGACCAAUUGAACCAAAAGAAGAAACGAUCAAUCGAUCUGUACAUUUAAAACAACAUUUUAUAGAAUUACAAAGGGAGUGCAUAAAGAAUGUGGGCUUGAAGAGGCUACAUGAAGCUUACGAAGUUCUUGAUCAAGAUUUAUCCUCAGAAUCUCAAGAGAUAUUAUUAAAGAAAAUACUUGGCAUAGAUAUUUAUUCACAAUAUAUGAGUAAAAUUUGGCAACUUAAACUUCUUGAACAAAAUACUUUUGAAAAAGAAACAUCCAGUUAACAACAAAUGACCAGUCGUAUAGUUAUAAUUCUCUUUUUUUAAAGGACAUACAUGUAUAUUAUGUGAACCCCGUGUUUAUUUUUCGACAGUCUUUUUAUAUAUACUUUUCAUUGUUACUUUGAUACCAUAACUUCGGUUUGGACACCCAUGGCCAGUAUCCCAGCCCUGUUACGAAAUGAAUGAUUUAUGUGGCGUAUAUCUAUUUGGUGCCUCCUUGUACCAAUGUUUAUAUGUUUAAAUAAUAAUAAUAUCAUCGGUCCAAGUUGCCAUACCUCACUGAACCGAUGCCUAUGUGUGCCUGAUCCUACGUUGUAACUGACUGACUGACUGAAUACCAUAACUUAAACACAUUAUGAGCAUAUGAGUAAGUUUCCUUUACAUUAGGUACUGAUUUAACUCAAAUCUUAUGAAACAUUCAUUAUAUCAUGUCAUCAUUUGAAAAAAAUGGAAUAUAUAAGACAAAACUACUAAAUUUAUUUAUGAACUAACUUCAAUGUAGGAUGGUUUUAUACACAAAUAUCAUUUUAUAGUCAAUUCAUAUUACAUUUUAUUUACUAUUAUUAUUCAUACUACUUACAAAUGUAAAUGAGUAGAAUAUAAUGUAAGUGAUAUAA